CGCAGCACAUGCUGAAUAUCUCUUCUCAUAUUCCUUUUGUUCAGCAGAGACAUGGACAAACUCAUUCAUCUGAUCUUACUCUCUGGUCUUGUUUGUAUUCCAGGUAGUUUAGCAGAAAAUUUAGUAAUUAGAGGAACAGUUACACAGUCAAGCACAUACUCCGAUUGGAUAGCUCAACAUGCCAUAGAUGGUGUCAGAUAUGGACCAGACGAAUAUGCUAGUCCAUUCUGUUCUGCGACAACAUCUCAAAGUAACCAAUGGUGGAGGUUGGAUCUCUUGGAUACGUAUAAUAUUAGUACAGUGAUCAUCACUGCUCAUGACAAAUAUUUGGCUCAUACCAGUGGAGCAGAGAUUCGUAUUGGACACUCGCUAGAAAACAAUGGAAACAACAAUCCCAUAUGUGCUGUGACUCCUGAUCCUCUACCUGGUAAUACUGUCACUUACUCAUGUGGUGCAAUGGAGGGCCGUUAUGUGAAUGUGAUCAUGUCUGGACGUACAUCUUAUCUCACUCUGUGUGAAGUGGAGGUCUAUGAAACAGCAAAUGUAGCAUACAAAGGAACAGCUACACAGUCAUCCACAUCAUCCACCUGGACAGCUCAACAUGCCAUAGAUGGUGUAAGACAUGGACCAGACCCAGAUAUUCUUACAUACUGCUCUGCUACAGCAUCUCAGAGUAACCCAUGGUGGAGGUUGGAUCUUCAGGAUAUUCAUGACAUUAGUACAGUGAUCAUCACUGCUAGAUCAGACUGCUGUGCUGAUCAAACGAAUGCAGCGGAGAUUCAUAUUGGAAACUCACUGGAAAACAAUGGAAACAACAAUCCCAUAUGUGCUGUGACUUCUGGUCUUCUAACCGGUAACACAAUCAGUUACUCAUGUCAUGGGAUGGUGGGACAGUAUGUGAAUGUGAUCAUGUCUGGACAAAGAAAUAAUCUCGUUCUUUGUGAGGUGGAGGUCUACGGAACAGUUUUUCAUAAGAGAAAAUCCUUUCUGAGGCUGAAAUUUUCCUCCAGUGUUGAUGUAGCUGCUGAGAGAGACAAAAUCCUCCAACAGUCUGCUCUGGCAUCACACAUCUCUGAUUUUAAUCUGUCCUGGACACAGCUACCUGAGAAAGAAGAAGAACAGAUGGAGGACGGAGGCAGGUUUUUGUGUUAACAGAUUUGCGUGAAAGGUACAGACGAUCUUAUUUCACUGAUUUCCAUCAAGACGCUCGAGCCGUUAUCGCUCCUGUACAACAGUUUACACACAAAUAUAGUUUAACUGAAAGAGACUGUGGAUAGUUGACCUUUUUAUUUAGUCUUCUCUUCAUAAUUAAACUUGCAUCGAUUGUUAACAGAUUAAAUAUUAGAAUUUAGAGUUAAUAUUUGUAUCACAUAUAGAUCUUUGCACAAGAAUUG